AUGGCUGCUUUGGAUCUCUUGCUUCUUCUUGUGGUGCUUCUUGGCCUGUGGAGCAAUAAUGGGGUUAGAGGUGCACCACAAGUACCUUGCUACUUCAUAUUUGGAGACUCUUUGGUUGACAAUGGCAACAACAACCAGCUCCAAUCUCUUGCUAGAGCUGAUUACUUGCCUUAUGGCAUUGAUUUCCCUACUGGUCCUUCUGGAAGAUUCUCCAAUGGCAAAACCACUGUUGAUGUCAUUGCUGAGCUUUUGGGAUUCGAUGAUUACAUACCACCCUUUGCAACAGCCAGUGGUGAUGACAUUCUCAAAGGUGUCAAUUAUGCUUCUGCUGCUGCUGGAAUCAGAGAGGAGACUGGCCAGCAACUGGGAGGGCGUAUUAGUUUUAGUGGACAGGUGCAGAAUUACCAAAACACAGUGUCCCAGGUGGUAAAUAUACUAGGAAAUGAGGACUCAGCUGCAAAUUACUUGAGCAAGUGCAUAUACUCAAUUGGGUUGGGGAGCAAUGAUUACCUUAACAACUAUUUCAUGCCUCAGUUCUAUUCUAGCAGCAGGCAGUACUCUACAGAAGAGUAUGCUGAUGUUCUUCUUCAAGAUUAUACCAAACAACUUCAAAGUCUGUAUAACUAUGGAGCAAGGAAAAUGGUGCUGUUUGGGGUUGGUCAAAUAGGGUGCAGCCCAAAUGAGUUGGCCCAAAACAGCCCAGAUGGUGUUACAUGUAUUGAAAGAAUCAAUGAUGCAAACCAAAUAUUCAACAACAAAUUGAAAUCUCUUGUUGAUCAACUCAACACCCAACUCCCUGAUGCAAGAUUCAUCUACAUAAACUCCUAUGGUAUCUUCCAAGAUAUUAUAAGCAACCCUUCAGCCUAUGGGUUCAGUGUUACAAAUGCUGGAUGUUGUGGUGUGGGAAGGAACAAUGGUCAAAUAACAUGUUUGCCAAUGCAAACACCAUGUGAGAACAGAAGGGAGCAUCUGUUUUGGGAUGCAUUUCAUCCAACUGAGGCUGGGAAUGCCGUUGUUGCUCAAAGAGCUUAUAGUGCUCAAUCUCCAUCUGAUGCUUACCCUACUGAUAUCAAGGGCUUAGCUCUGAUCUGAUCUGAUCUGAUCUCUCGCUAUAAAUGCAUAUAUAUAAAUGUAUGUGCCACAAUUAAUGUUCUAGAAAUAUGUUAUUUCUUUCUUUCUUUGCAAGGCAUAAGAAUAUGGAAAUUUCCUUCUAGUUUGUUAGUACAUAUAUAGUACUAGGGGAAUGCUAGGGGGACAAUGAAUUUGGUGAACAAUAUGAACAACCACCAAUCAAAUAAAAACA